UGCCGCCCAAGUGGAAGUAAGAAUGAUUCAUGACAGGUUUCAGAAGGAGAAACUCGUGACAGGACGCACAGCAGGAAGAUCUUUGUAGCUUGUAGACAUGAGCAGGGCAGACUAUCAAGGGUUCGGAGGUGCCGCAAUUCCAAACGAAUGGAGGAUUGUUCUAGUCGGGAAGACCGGAGUGGGAAAGAGUGCAACGGGAAACACUCUCCUGGGGAGGGAAGCAUUUGAGUCUGAGCUGUCUCCAUCUUCCUUAACGUCCGAAUGCCAGAAGGCCAAGGGGGUUGUUGGAGGUCAAAAAGUUGCCGUCAUCGACACCCCGGGGCUGUUUGACACUAAUUUCCCCCAAGAAGAAGUGUUGAAGAAGAUCAAGAUGUGCAUCUCUCUCUCUGCUCCUGGUCCCCACGCCUUCCUGGUGGUUUUCCAGCUGGACAGGUUCACCAAGGAGGAGCAGGACACCGUCAGGAUGAUUCAGACCACUUUUGGGGAAGAUGCGGCUAAAUACACAAUAUUGCUGUUCACGCAUGGCGACCAGCUGGGGAGUCAAACCAUUGAUGACUUUAUUUCAGACAGUCCUGAACUGCUAGCCAUCGUUAAGCAGUGCAACCAACGCUACCACGUCUUUAACAACGAAAUCAAAGACCCCAAACAGACCAGUCAGCUCCUGGACAAAAUUGACCAGAUGACCAAGGCUAACGGAGGAGGCCACUACACCAACGAAAUGUUCUUGAGCGCAGAGGCAGCCAUAGAGAAGGAGAAACUGCGACUCCUGAAGGAAAUGGAGACGAAGAGGGAAAUGGAGCUGCAGGAACUGAGAUCUCAAUAUCAGGAAAGGGCCUACCGCAGGGAGAUGAAGCGGGUCAAUAGAGAAUAUGACCGUGAAGCCAGAUCUCAAGCUGAAAAAUCCAAUGACUUUCUCACUGCUCCGGUAGUAGGUGUGGCAACAACCUGUGGUGCUGCUGUCGGGGGUCUGAUUGGGAUUGCAGGAGGUCCAAUUGGGAUUGUAGUGGGAGUCGCAGCUGGAGCAGCUGUUGGAGCUGCCAUUGGUAUGGUGUCUAUCAAAGUGUCCGAGCGCUGCCAUGUGCAAUAAGGACCGUACAGCAUACAGUUAAAUGAUAAUGUUUAUAGGCCAUUGUAACGUGGUUGAUUCUUAGGGGUCCCGAGCUUUAUUUUUCAACGUUGCAGCCGUGAUUGUGCUCCUGGCGUCCAGAUCCUUCGCUUUGACUGCUUUCCCUCAGAUCUCGCUGGAUGGCCACUCCUGCCUAAAUACAGGGAGACAAACAAUUCAUCACAUGACGGCAGCUGAGGCCUUCACCUGGCACCGUUGCCUGAGCCACUCCCCCCUGUUCCUUCUGCUACCGAGCCAAACCACGCCCGCCACCACAGCGAUCAUCAGACACCAUCUAGACAGCGAUUGGCUCCCAGUUAAACUCCAUGUAUACGCAAAUGACUCUCAAUGACUUUUUGUUCAUUUAUUUUGUUGUUGACUUCUACUCUAUUUAUCAUACAGCAGUCUUUUACUGUUUAAUGUCAAACAUAAGUAAAAUCAUCCAUGUAAUCACCUUGAUGGAUUGUGCCUGGAUGAUGUCAUGUACGUGUAUCGUCUAAAUAAAAGACUUAAACUGCA